AUGGGAGGGAGAAGGGAAUAGUAAGUUUUAAUUAGCGACUAUCUUUUCAAAUUAGUAAUUAUUGGUGAUUCUGGGGUUGGGAAAUCAUGCUUAUUGAUUCGUUUUGCAGAUGACUCUUUCACAGAGAGCUAUAUCACAACAAUUGGUGUCGAUUUCAGAUUCAGAACUUUAGCCUUAGAAGAGACCUCAGUUAAAUUACAGAUUGUAAGUGCUAGGUAGUGGGAUACAGCAGGGCAAGAGCGAUUUCGCACAAUCACAACUGCCUAUUAUAGAGGCGCUGACGGAGUUAUGGUAGUUUUUGACAAAACAGACCAUAAUUCUUUUCAAAGCACAGAUGGGUGGAUGGCUGAAGUCAAUCGUCACGCAAAUGAAAACGCUAUCAAGAUGCUUGUCGGAAACAAAUCAGAUAUGGAGAGAGAUUCUCAAGUUAGUAUAGAAGAAGCUGAAGACAAAGCCAAGAGAUAUGGAAUACCAUACAUUGAAACAAGUGCAAAGAAUGCGUACCAAGUCGAUUUAGCUUUUAUGACGAUGGCUAGAGAAUUGAUGAAGCAAAGAAGAGCGUUUGGAGCUCCUCUCGUUUCUAAGCCUGCUCCAAAGGUUAGUUUGACAACAGAAAAUAGGAAUACAAUAAACCAGAACUGCUGCUCAUAA